AUGUCCUACUAUCCUCCUUAUUCUGGCCCGCCGGGCUAUCCCCCACCACAGCAGCAGUACUCCUAUCCUCCUAAUUACGGCUCUCCGCAACCUUAUCAACAAAUGCAGCAUCAUCACCACCAACAAUCUUCCUACGGCGGCGGUUACCCCGGCCAAGCGUACCGCGAGCAACAUCCUCCUCCGAAUCCUUAUGGGUAUGGCCAGCCUUCCCCUCAGCCCGGUUACGGCGCGCCUCCUCCACACAAUGGAUACAAUCAACCGCCGUCGGGAUACGGUCAGGCGCCGCCACCGACUGGAAACGCGGUGUACAGUGGAAGACAGCCUGGUAUGUGA